AUGGCGCUCAUAUCAGUCAAGACCAUCUUGACAUCCCUCUGCCUCUUCCAUAUCACCCUAGCCUACUUCUUCUAUACCAAUCCCAAUGCCAUCUCCGAUCAAGCUCUUGUCUACGUGCUAGGCGAAGCCAUGGGCAUGCCCCAGACAACCGCUUUCGCAAACCCCAACGCCGUCUCCUCCCUCCUCGGCGUCUCUCUCCUCGUAACCGGCCUCUCCGACCUACUCACCCUCUCUCUCCCCGAAGAAGUAUGGCUGAUCCACUACUGGGGCUCACAAGCUCCUCUGCGCAUCAUCGUAUUCGCCUCGCUAUCGUUAUUCUCGUAUUUCUCGACGCCGACCGCCGGCCGGUCCGGAGCAAACCGCCUAUCGCACCCACUAACACCCCCCUCCGCAUUCAUCCCCGGCGCCGUAGUUAGCGGCAGCGACGGCCUGCGCAACCGCGUCUUCUUCACGUUUGCCUUCCUCGAGUUUCUUAGCUGGUUUUGGGUCUGGGUCACGCUGAAGGAAGAGUCUGCCACCUUUCUCUCCCGCAAGAAGAGGAGGGGGAGCAGCAGUGGCAGUGGGGUUUUGCGGUAG